GCAGAGGAAGUGGCUGCCGGGACGCAGGGCCGGGGAGCGGCCCGAGGCCCCAGCGCUGCCGCCAUGCCCCCGCCCGCGCCCCCCGCCGCGCCGCCGCCCGGCCCGCCCGCCCGCGGGCCGCUGAGCCUGCACCGGCCCUUCCUGCGCAGCCCGCUGGCCCCGCUGCGCCUGGGGCAGCUGCUCCUGGGCGCCGCCUGCUGGGGGACGGUGGCGGCCCACAAGUACGAGGGGGCGGCGCACUUCGCGCUCUUCGCCGCCGUGCUGGCCUGGCUGCUGGCGCUGGCGGUCGCCGGGCUCAGCCUGCUGGGGCGCUGGGCGCUGGUGCCGCUGCUGGGCGCCCGCUGGCUGCUGGCCAACGCGGCGCAGGACCUGCUGCUGGGCGCCGGGCUGUACGCGGCGGCCGCGGGCGUCAUGGGCCACAAGGCGGAGCGCCACAGCUACUGCAACCUGCGCGGCUACAGCCAGCCCUGCCUCUACCGCGCCUACCUGGCCGCCGCCGCCUGCGCCGCCCUGGCCGCCGCCCUGCACCUGCUCUCGGGCCUCUACUGCCUGGCGCGCCGCUGCCGGGGCCACCGCGACAUCGUCUGAGCGCCGCCCGGGGCCCGGCGGACGGAGCCCCCCACGCGGACGGACGGACGGACCGACAGAGCCCCCUGCCCCCCGGCGGGGACUGAGCGCCCCCGGACGGACAGACGGACGGACAGAGCCCCCUGACCCCCGGCGGGGACUGAGCGCCCCCGGACAGACGGACGGACAGAGCCCCCUGCCCCCCGGCGGGGACUGAGCGCCCCCGGACAGACGGACGGACAGAGCCCCCUGCCCCCCGGCGGGGACUGAGCGCCCCUGGACAGACGGACGGACAGA